GCCUCCCUUCCUCCGCCGCGCCGCGGGCACCGCGCCCGGGGGGGGGCUCGCUGCGCACCGAGGGCCCGGCCGCAGCGCGGCGCCGGGGGGAAGCUCCCGAGCUCGCCAUUUCCCUGCAUGAGGCGGUUGGCACCACUGGAGAGACCGAAUGAGAGACUCUACAGCGGUGGGUAAUUCACUGGUCCAUAAGCGGUCUCCUUUACGUCGAAGUCAUAAGGCAUCAGCAUCCUCACCCAAACUGUCGUUACGUGAUGGACAGAAAGCCAAAAAGCCACUGUGUAAAUUUGAAGAAGGUCAGGAUGUCCUAGCUAGAUGGUCAGAUGGCUUGUUUUAUCUUGGAACUAUCAAAAAGAUAAACAAACUGAAACAGAACUGCUUCAUUAUAUUUGAGGACAGUUCCAAGUCUUGGGUUCUCUGGAAGGACAUACAAACAGGAGCCACUGAAAGUGGGGAAAUGGUCUGUACAAUAUGUCAGGAGGAGUAUUCAGAAGCACCGAAUGAAAUGGUUAUAUGUGAUAAAUGUGGGCAAGGUUAUCAUCAGCUGUGUCACACACCAAAUAUUGAUUCCAGCGUGAUAGAUUCAGAUGAUAAAUGGCUCUGUCGACAGUGUGUUUUUGCGACAACAACAAAGAGAGGUGGUGCGCUUAAGAAAGGACCAAAUGCCAAAGCACUGCAAGUCAUGAAACAGACUUUACCAUAUAAUGCAACAGACCUUGAGUGGGAUGCGGGUCAUAAAACCAACGUCCAGCAGUGUUACUGCUAUUGUGGAGGACCUGGAGACUGGUAUCUAAAGAUGUUGCAGUGCUGCAAAUGUAAGCAGUGGUUCCACGAGGCUUGUGUGCAGUGUCUCCAAAAGCCAAUGCUUUUUGGUGACAGGUUUUAUACAUUCAUUUGCUCAGUUUGCAGUUCUGGACCAGAAUACCUCAAACGUUUACCCUUGAGAUGGGUAGAUAUAGCACAUCUAUGCCUUUACAACCUAAGUGUUAUUCAUAAGAAGAAAUACUUUGAUUCGGAGCUUGAACUCAUGGCAUACAUAAAUGAAAACUGGGAUAGAUUACAUCCUGGUGAGCUGGCAGAUACACCAAAAUCUGAAAGAUAUGAGCAUGUACUGGAGGCAUUAAAUGAUUACAAGACCAUGUUUAUGUCUGGAAAAGAAAUAAAGAAAAAGAAGCAUUUGUUUGGCUUGAGAAUUCGCGUUCCUCCUGUGCCACCAAAUGCUGCUUUAAAGGCUGAGAAAGAACCAGAAGGAACUUCUCAUGAGUUCAAAAUUAAAGGCAGAAAAUCAUCUAAACCAAUCCCUGAUGUGAGGGAAUUAAGUAAUGGUAUAGAAAGAAAGGGGAAAAAAAAAUCAGUAGGUCGUCCACCUGGUCCCUAUACAAGAAAAAUGAUUCACAAAACUCCAGAGUCGUCUCCUCUGGAUACUGAACCAGUUCCAGUGAUAGAGACCCCAGCAUUGGAAUUACCCUGCUCUGUUGGGAAAUCCGAUGGAACUGCACAUUCAUCCAAUACCUCAGAUGUGGAAUCCACAGGUGCUGCCAGUAUAAAAGAAACUACCUCAUCUAGCAUAUCCAGACAUUAUAGUUUAUCUGAUUCAAGAAAAAGGACUCGUACAGGAAGAACUUGGCCUGCUGCAAUACCACAUUUGAGAAGAAGAGGUCGCUUUCCACGAAAAGCACUCCAGACUCAAAACUCAGAAAUUGUAAAAGAUGACGAGAGCAAGGAAGAUUACCAGUAUGAUGAACUCAAUACGGAGAUACUUAACAAUUUAGCAGAUCAGGAGUUACAGCUCAAUCAUCUAAAGAACUCUAUUACCAGUUAUUUUGGUGCAGCAGGUAGAAUAGCUUGUGGUGAAAAAUACCGUGUUUUGGCUCGUCGGGUGACACUUGAUGGAAAGGUGCAGUAUCUUGUGGAGUGGGAAGGAGCAACUGCAUCCUGACUGUAGGACUGAAUAUUAUGUUCACUGCACUGUCAUCUGUAAGUACAGUUCAUAAUGCAGAGCCAUGAGAGAAGUGUGUCUUUAAAUGUUUCUAAAAACAAAACAAAACCAAUUUAGCCUUAACGUGUAAUUGUUAUCAUUACAGCUCUUGUGAUAAAAGACUUAUCUUUUUAAAAUCUGAUCUGAAACUUAAAUUUUUUAAUCUGAACACUGUUAGAUUGUUUUAGGUUGGGAUAUUUUGGGUUACAAUUGCUUAAAAAUGUGCAUGGUGUUUUAAAAAAAGAUGUUUUCUAGAGAACAUUCCAUGGAUACAGUUAUUGUGAUUUAGAGAAAUAUUAUGUAGAUAGCACAAAUCUUUGAAAUUUUUUGGUUUGUUUUCUUACCCAAAUGUUUGCAGAAAUGUAUUUCUAUUUCAAUACUUUCUAGAUUUCAUAAGUGCAGUGUAUAUAAUGCCUACUGAAGACUGUAAAAUACUAAAGUUUUCUUUCAAACAAAGUGUAAAAACAAAAAAAAAAAAAAAAAAAAAAAAGGAAAAAUAUAUUGAGCCUGUAAAUUGCUCUGUGACCAGACUUCAUUGUCUUCUUAAUAUAUUCUGUGUGUGUGCGCAUGUGUUUGUAUAUAUACAUAUGUAUAUAUGCACACACAUACACGUGUGUGUAUAUAUAUGUGUGAUUGUGACCUAUGCAAUACAAAUUAUGGGAUUGGACAGCUUCUGAGUAUGCAUCCCAUAAUUCUUUUUUCAGGAAUAGUUGCCAGUAUUUACACAGCAGCAUUUCUUCUCAGGCUUAUUGGGUGCUGUUUUGCUUUCUGUGUACUAAGGAAAAUGUCAAACCAGUGCAUUGUGUUCUGGCAAUGGGUGCAGUCAUUGAUGUUCAUAUGCCUUGGGGUAAUAUAUUCCUUAAUUUUCCAUGUGACUGAACAGUUUUUAAAAAAAAAAAAAAAAAGCGCAGGAUUAGAACGUUAACGACUAGAAAUAACAAUUUUAAAGCUAUUUUGGCACAUUGAUUGUAAAUUGUGUCCCAGUUAUAAACUGAGUUGAUGGGAGUUGCACAAGAUUCAUGCAUAUGUGUAGAAAGUCAUAUUUCGAUAAAGGUAGUAUGAGCAAACUAUUAUUGCACAGGGUCAACAAAAAAUAUGUUGCCAUUUGAAGUUAACAUUACUCGUUUUAAUACAAUAUUACCUCUUUUUGUUUU